CAAGAGGGUUUUCAUCAAAAUGCCUAGUUUGUCGGUGGACAGGGAUGUUUUCCUUCGGCGGAUGAAGAGAUUGUACACAGCAUGGCAGAAUGCCCCAGAAGAUGAUGCCCUCCAUAAAGUGGAUGCCAUUGUCACAGUGGUGGGAACUGAUGAAGAUGUUGUGUAUGCCAAGUCCAUAUCUUUACAGACCUGGUUGCUAGGUUACGAGUUGACGGACACUGUCAUGGUUCUGACAGAGGGUGGCAUCUACUUCCUGGCCAGUAAGAAGAAGAUCGAGUUCCUGAAACAGAUUGAGAAUGGCAAGGAAAAUGCUGAGAAUGUGCCCCCGGUUCAUCUCCUUACAAGAGAGAAGGGUGAUAAAGACAAGGCAAACUUUGUCAAACUGAUCUCAGCCAUUAAAGAAAGCAAGAAGGGAAAGCAUGUUGGAGAGUUCAGUAAAGACAAGUUUCCUGGAGAGUUCUCAGAGUCCUGGAGAGCAGUUCUGGGAAAGGAGAGCUUUGAGAAGGUUGACCUGAGUGCCUCUCUGGCCUAUGUGAUGGCCCCAAAGGAAGAGAAUGAGAUGAAAGUGAUUCAGAAAGCAGCUCAAGUCACCAUGGAUGUCUAUAACAAGUAUCUGAAGGAGCAACUCAUGGAAAUCAUUGAUGCUGACAAGCGAGUCAAGCACGCCAAGCUUGCCGAUGGAGUAGAAGAAGCUCUCCAGAAUAAGAAGUAUAUUACAGGGGUAGACGCUGCCCAGUUAGACAUGUGCUACCCAGCUAUCAUACAGAGUGGAGGCAACUAUAAUCUCAAGUUUAGUGUGGUGAGUGACAAAAAUAACAUCCACUUUGGAGCCAUCACCAUUGCUCUGGGGGUCAGGUAUAAGUCGUACUGCUCCAAUAUUGUCCGCACCAUCAUGGUGGACCCCACGGAGGAGAUGCAGGAGAACUAUAACUUCCUACUGAAAGUGGAAGAGGCCAUCAUUGAUAAACUGAGAGAUGGAGUUAAACUAAGUGAUGUAUUUCAAACUGCAGUAGACUUGGUUAAGAAAGAAAAACCAGACCUCCUGGAGAAAAUGACCAAAUCAGUGGGUUUUGGUAUGGGGAUUGAAUUCAGAGAGGGAUCUAUGUUGAUUGGACCAAAGACAACCGUCAAAGCCAAGAAAGGCAUGGUAUUUAAUGUAAACGUUGGGUUUGCCGGACUGACAAACAAGGGCGCCAAAGAUGACCAAGGAAAAACGUACGCCUUGUUUGUAGGGGAUACAGUGCAUGUGGCAGAGGGCCAGGGUGCAGCUGUUAUUACAAAUCUGAAGAAAAGAGUGAAACAUUGUGCCAUUUUCCUUAAGGAUGAGAAUGAUGAGGAAGAGGAGGAGGAAGAAGAGGAAGAGGUGAAGCCAGACAUGCUGGGACGUGGGAGGAGGACAGCUGUGAUAGAGAGUAGGUUGAGGACUGACCAGACGGCAGAGGAGAAGCGCGUCUCCCACCAAAAAGAGUUGGCGGAGAAGAUUAACCGAGAAGCCAAAGAGAGGCUGAAGGGGCUGAAGAGAGGGGACACCGAGGUCAAAGCAAAGAAGUCCAAUGUCUCCUACAAAAAUGUGUCCCAGAUGCCACGGGAGCCAGAAUUAAAAGAACUUAAAAUAUUUGUUGAUAGGAAAUAUGAAACCAUUAUCCUGCCAGUAUUUGGUGUGUCUACACCUUUCCACAUCUCCAUGAUUAAGAACAUAAGCCAGUCUGUAGAAGGGGACUACACUUACCUUAGAGUCAACUUUUUCCAUCCUGGAGCCUCCCUGGGAAGAAACGAAGGGCCAGCAUUUCCACAGCCUGACGCCACUUUCUUGAAGGAAAUAACUUAUCGAAGUUCAAAUGCCAAAGAGCCUGGCGAAAUCUCCGCACCCUCAACAAAUCUCAACACAGCAUUCAGACUUAUUAAAGAGGUCCAGAAGAAAUUCAGAACAAGGGAAGCAGAAGAGAGGGAGAGAGAGGGUAUAGUCAAACAAGACACCCUUGUUAUAAAUCCUAACCGUGGAAACCCGAGAUUAAAAGAUCUGUACAUCCGACCAAAUAUUGUUUCUAAAAGAAUAUCUGGCACUCUGGAGGCACACACAAAUGGUUUCCGUUUCACAUCAGUGAGAGGAGACAAAGUUGACAUUCUGUACAACAAUAUCAAGCACGCCUUUUUCCAGCCUUGUGAUGGUGAAAUGAUCACCAUGCUGCAUUUUAACUUAAAGCAUGCCAUCAUGUUUGGCAAAAAGAAGCACAAUGAUGUGCAGUUUUUUACGGAGGUGGGAGAGAUAACGACAGAUUUGGGCAAACACCAACACAUGCAUGACAGAGAUGAUCUUCAUGCAGAGCAGGCUGAAAGAGAAAUGCGCCAGAAGCUGAAAGCAGCCUUCAAGGCUUUCUGUGAGAAGGUGGAGAAUAUGACCAAGGGAGAGGUGGAGUUUGACGUCCCAUUCCGUGAGCUGGGCUUCUUUGGCGUCCCGUAUAGGAGUACAGUGCUACUACAGCCCACGAGUGGGUGUUUAGUUAACCUGACAGAGUGGCCCCCCUUUGUUAUCACCCUGGACGAGGUCGAGCUGGUCCACUUUGAGCGUGUCCAGUUUCAUCUGAAGAACUUCGACAUGGUGUUUGUGUUUAAGGACUACCACAAGAAGAUUGCCAUGGUGAACUCGGUGCCCAUGAACCAACUAGAUCAUGUCAAGGACUGGCUCAACUCCUGUGACAUCCACUACACAGAAGGCAUUCAAAGUUUAAACUGGACCAAGAUCAUGAAGACCAUCACGGACGACUCUGAGGGGUUCUUUGAUAAUGGCGGAUGGGUGUUUUUGGAGCCUGAGAGUGACGAAGAAGAUGAGGAGGAAGAGGAAGAAGACGAUGAUGAAUUCCAGCCGUCUGACAGCGAAGAGGUGGAGGAGAGCAGUGAGAGCGAAUACAGCGAGGAAAGUAACUGGAGUGAUGAGGAGGAGGAUGAAUCAGAUGAGGAGGAGAUGGGAUCGAGUGAGGAGAGUGGUAAAGAUUGGGAUGAGCUGGAAGAGGAGGCCAGACAAGCCGACAGGGAAUACGAGCAAGAGGAGGAAGGACGCGGCAGCCGGAAAAGCCACAGCAGUCGCCAUAGCAGUCACAAAUCAUCGAGCCGAAAGAGCAGCGGCAAAUCUCCGCACAAAUCCAGCAGCUCGAGUCACCACCACAAGAGUGGUAGCAGCAGCAAGGGCAAAGGCGGCUCCUCCAGUAAAUCGUCGCCCAGUAAAGGGACGCCCAGCAAGAAGAGACGCCAUGACAGUGGCAGCCCCCGCGGCAAGGACAGUAAAAAGAAGAGGUUGAAGUAAAUGGCGCGAAACCAAUCUUGUCUUUGUAGAACUUUCGCGACAGUUAGAACGUGGGUGUCGUUUGGGUCCAACGUGCAAAAAAUGGGGCUCAUUUAUGUAGGUUAUAACUGGCCUCGGGCCGUCAGAAAUGUGAGCACUCUAUGAAAGUGCCCCAAGAGACCCCAAAAUGUGCACAAAAGAAAAUGGGAAACACCGAGUGGAAAAUAACAGUAUUAUUAAAAGGAGAUGGCUUUUCUGGAAAGACUAAUGCUGAAAAUGGCAGAGUACCACAUUAAACUGAAAGUAUUUGUCGAAAAGAACUGACAGAAAAUCUUUGGAAAAUAAAGUGCCAUUAAUAUGGCUACUGUAAGAAGUGGGCCUAGAUUCAUCACCAGGUCGCGUGGCCUUUAAAAAAUGAAGUUGAAUGCUGUCAGCAACAGUGUGACAUUGUUGCAAGUACAAUUAGCCAAUUAUGACGUAAACUAUGUAACAGCGUCUCAUUUAAAGCAAGGUAUCGGGAUCGUAUCCCGUUAUAUUUGGAGGCAGAAGGACGAAUUACAUACAAAUAGUUUCACGAUUUAUGUUAUGACAAUACAUAAGUUUGUGUGAUUUGAUAUGUAUGCCAUUGUCGGGAACCUUUCAUUUGUUUCCUCUUCAUUUUUGUGGCCUUUAUAUAUUGUUAGAAGUCAUUUGUGGUAUACAACUUCAAAGAAAUCGUUUUAUCAUCGAAGUGAGAAGACGUUGUUCAGCAAUGGUAUGGCAGUGUGUUUCAUAAAAAAGGAAGCAUGUCGGAGAAGUUUCCCACUGUGUUUAAGCAACUUAAAAUACAGAAAAAAAACUAAAUAGAAAUUGUACAUAGCGAGAGACGGAGAUAUUGGUUGUUUUAAUUAUACAAGAGGCAUGAAAAGUUGUCCGAUACGGUUUAUUGAAAAAAAAAACGCACUUGUGAACUCGAAUACCUAAACUCAAAAAUAAAAGAACAAUUUUGUAAAU